UGAGCUUGCGGGUCAGCAAGAGCCUCCAGCGUGAGCGUGCGGCUGCAGCCCCGGUCACCCAGCCCUCUCCCCCUCUUUUCUGCCUGUCUGCCUCUCCUCCCUGUCGCCGUCUCUUCCUCCCGCGCUCCCGGUCUGUGAAUCUCGACCUUCAUUUCUUCCACCCCGCCCUGCCCGGUCCCUCGCGUGCCCAGUCACCAGGCUGCGUGGGCCCUGCAACGCCUCCUCCCCUCCCCCAACCCCCACCCCCUCCCCGCUGGCGGCACGGGCUGCAGCUGGGCCUCCUUGGCCUGGAGCCCGUCUCAGCGCCGACACUUCUCCACGCCAGCGAGCCUCCGACCCGCCGAGCAAAAUGGGAAAUGAGGCAAGUUAUCCUUUGGAAAUGUGCUCAAACUUUGGUGCAGAUGAAAUUAAAACGUUAGGAAAAAGAUUUAAGAAGCUUGAUUUGGACAAGUUUGGUUCUUUGAGUGUGGAAGAGUUCGUGUCUCUGCCUGAGUUACAACAAAAUUCUUUAGUACAGCGAGUAAUAGAUAGAUUCGACACAGAUGGGAAUGGAGAAGUAGAUUUCAAAGAAUUUAUCCAGGGAGUCUCUCAGUUGAGUGUCAAAGGAGAUAAGGAGCAGAAGUUAAGGUUUGCUUUUCCUAUCUAAGACAUGGAUAAGGAUGGCUAGAUUUCCAAUGGGGAACUCUUGCAGGUGUUGAAGAUGAUGGCGGGGAACAAUCUGAAAGAGACACAGUUACAGCAAAUCGUAGACAAAACCAUAAUAAAUGCAGAUAAGGAUGGAGAUGGAAGAAUAUCCUUUGAAGAAUUCUGUGCUGUUGUAGGUGGCCUAGACAUCCACAAAAAGAUGGUGGUAGAUGUGUGGCUCUUUUUUUUUAAAUGACUUUUUACUUGGGUCAAAGAUCCCCAGAGGGUAGGGUGUGGAAGAGGAAGGAGAAACUACUCUGCUAGUGCUUGGGGUCAGGAUUAUUUAUUUAUUUAUUUGUUUAUUUUGUAGAGACAGAGUCUCACUAUCCUGCCCUUGGGUAGAUUGCCCUGGCGUCACACGGCUCAUAGCAACCUCUAACUCUUGGG